GGUCACGUGACCUUGCGUCACAGGUCAAAGGGACGAGCAAAGAUGGCGGCGUCGUCCAAAAAGGUGUUCGAGCUGUUCGUGUCGAAGGUCCCGUGGACCGCAGCCAGCAAGGAGGUGCGGGACUAUUUUGGACAGUUUGGCUUGGUCAAGAAGUGUCUUCUGCCAUUUGAUAAGGAGACCGGCUUCCACAGAGGCUUCUGCUGGAUCGGCUUCACAACAGAAGAGGGUUUGAACAAUGCCCUGCAGAAGGACCCUCAUGUUCUGGAGGGAGCAAAGCUGCAGGUUCAGAGGAACAGACGUCCGUUCGCAGGACAGAAGUCCAGCAGAGACGCCGAGUUUGACUGAAGCUUCCUCUGUGGUUCUGCAGAGAGGAGAGGAGCUCCCUCUACCUCUUCUUGUCUGAAACGCUGGGUGAAACCAGUGGACCAUGUUUGUUCUAUGGAAUCAAAAUCCUUAAAUUCCUCUGUUUUGGUGUUGUGAAACUGAUAUUUGUUGACAAAUAAAAUCUUUAUUUAUUAUCAAA